AUGGAUCCUAACAAACAGAAAGUAAUCCGUGAAUAUCGCAAACUUACAAGAAAAGAUCAACAAAGUUACAAAAAUAAAAGUCAGAAAACUACUAAGGCUGUACCACAACCACUUAACCCUAAACUGAAAAAAAAUACCGGAAAAUAUAUUAAACAAACAGUUCUAAAGAAGAAAGAAGAACAAGCAAAACUAACAAAACAACGAAAGUUGCAAGAUAUAGCUCGCCAGGAGAAGCGACGGAAAAAGCAUGAGAUUCAUAAAAAACUGAAUAUGAAAACUCAUAAAGGCCAACCUAUUAUGAAAAAUAAAGUUGAUUUAUUAUUACAUAAGAUUCAAAGUAACACAGAUCAGUAUUGUCUCUAA